UUCUCAGUGCGCGCGCUGACUCCACACACGCGCAUAUCCCAGUGUCGGUGGCGCACGGCGGUGCUGCUCGGCUCGGCUCGGCCGCUUCACACGGACGCUCGCGCACCGGGUCAGGGGGAGGAAACCGACAAGCCACAGUGAGAGCAAAGCCAAGCAGCAAUGAUGGUCGGCGGGCCGUGCGCGCGCAAGUCGGCUCGCCGCUCGCGCUCCGCGCUGAUCGCCGCGCUCACCGUGCUGCUCGUGCAGACGCUCAUCGUGUGGAACUUCAGCAGCCUGGAUUCCGGGGACGCCGGGGAGAACGGAGGAGGAGGUGGAGGUGCUGGAGGCGGAGGCGCGGGCAGGGAGAAGAGAGACCGGCUCGGAUUGAACAAAGCGUACGGUGAAUAUCCGAGAAACCGGAGGCAGCAGCUCGGGAAAGCGACCCUGCGCCACAAGCCGCAACCGGACUACUUACAUCAUCCCAAGGAGAAGGUCCGUGUGGACAGCAACAAUGAGAACUCUGUGCCCAAAGACUUUGAGAGCAUCGACAACAGUAACUUUGCGGCACGUCUUCAGACGCAGCGUCACGCUUCCAAUAAGCAACAGGAGGUGCCUGAGAAAGCCAAGAGCUCCAACGAACUCGUCCACUACAGCGUUAACCAAACAGGGUCGAGGCACCGGCAUGACGCCUCCCUCACGCCACUUCCUCAGCGCCAUCACAACCAGCGGGUCAAGAGUUCAGGCGCUGCCACGCAAGAUAUUAAAUAUGACCAGCCACCAAAAUGCGAGAUCACAGGCAAGGAGGCCAUUUCGGCUCUGUCGCGCGCUAAAACCAAGGAAUGCAGACAGCAGAUUGCCGAAGUGUACUGCCGCCACAAAGACAAGCAACUGAUGCCGGAGAAAGUCACUCGUUAUUGCCCCCUAGAGGGUAAAGCGAGUGUGAACAUGCACUGGGAAGAGGACUCCAUGGAAACAGUGCCAGCUGUACCUGUACGUAUCGCCUUCGUGCUGGUGGUCCAUGGCCGAGCCUCGCGCCAAGUGCAACGUCUCUUCAAAGCCAUUUAUCAUACCUCACACUUCUACUACAUCCACGUAGACAAGCGCUCGGACUACCUCCACAGGCAGAUGCUAGAGCUGACUAAGCGCUACCCGAAUGUCCGUGUGACGACUUGGCGCAUGGCGACGAUCUGGGGUGGAGCCAGUCUUCUCAGCAUGUACCUGGAGAGCAUGACGGACCUACUGGCCAUGAGCCACUGGCCCUGGGAUUUCUUCAUAAAUCUGAGUGCUGCUGAUUACCCCAUCAGGACCAACGAUCAACUGGUGGCUUUCCUUUCUAAGUAUCGCAACAUGAACUUCAUCAAGUCUCAUGGGAGAGAUAAUGCUCGAUUCAUCAGAAAGCAGGGCCUGGACCGGCUCUUCUUUGAGUGUGAUACACACAUGUGGCGUCUGGGGGACAGGAAGAUUCCAGAAGGCAUCGCUGUUGAUGGAGGCUCUGAUUGGUUCCUGUUGAACCGCGCUUUUGUGGAAUACAUCAUCAACUCCGAUGACGACCUGGUGACCAGUAUGAAGCGAUUCUAUGCUUACACUCUGUUGCCUGCCGAGUCGUUUUUCCACACUGUGCUGGAGAACAGUCCUCACUGCGAGAGCAUGGUGGACAACAACCUCCGUAUCACCAACUGGAACCGAAAGCUGGGCUGCAAGUGUCAGUAUAAGCACAUUGUGGACUGGUGUGGAUGUUCCCCCAAUGACUUCAAACCCUCUGACCUGCCCCGCUUCCAGCAAACAGCUCGGCCCACGUUCUUUGCACGCAAGUUUGAGGCCAGUGUGAAUCAGGAGAUUGUGAAUCAGCUGGAUGCCUUCCUGUUUGGAAGUUACCCUCAAGGCAUGCCGGGACUCAAAGCCUACUGGGAGAACAUUUAUGAUGAGCCUGAUGGUGUCCACAGCUUGAGUGAUUCCCUUCUCACUCAUUACCAUGCUUUUGCCCGCCUUGGCCUGGUACGAGCCGCCAACUCCCUUCAAGGAGACACCAGUGACAACCGUUGUAGGUACUAUUCCAUGGGACAUCCUGUGGCUGUACAUAUAUACUUCCUGUUUGAUGAGUUCCAGGGUUACCUGGUGAAGCAUCAAGCCACCAAUCUGGCCACCAGCAAGCUGGAAACUCUGGAGACCUGGGUGAUGCCUAAGAAGUUCUUCAAAUUUACCAACCCUCCAAGCAAUUUCAACAGACUGCAGUUUGCUGAGAUUGGAACAGACUGGGAUGCCAAGGAGAGAAUCUUCCGUAAUUAUGGUAAUCUGAUCGGGCCUCUGGACGAACCAGUGGGAAUGCAGAAGUGGGCCAAAGGUUCCAAUGUGACAGUGACAGUGGUGUGGAUUGACCCUACUAAUGUGAUUGCUGCCACCUAUGAUGUUUUGAUCGACUCCACUGCAGAGUUCACACACUACAGGCCUCCACUGAAUACACCCCUGCGGCCCGGCAUGUGGACAGUCCGAGUGCUGCACCACUGGAACCCUGUGGCUGAGACACGCUUCCUUGUUACACCACUUACACACCACAAACACCUGCCCAUCCGCCAAGAAGAUGCCUUGAAAGUGCACAACGGUCCACCCAAGAACAGCUACAUGGAGCAGAGCUUCCACGGGCUGAACCCCAUCCUGAAUAUCCCAGUACAUUUGGGCCAAGUGGAGGAGGCAGAGCAUAAUGCCGGGCUGACGGGGAUGCGUUUAGAGCGCUGGGUUGACAGCCUGAUUGGUGAUGUGUGGGGAGCUGCGGACAUUUGUUCGGCAACGCCCUCUGGCUGUCCCGUCUUGCAGUCUUGCAGAGACACAGCAUGGAGCUCACUCAGCCCUGAUCCAAAAUCACAGCUAGGGCCUCUCAAAGCAAAUGGCACCAUAAGGUAGCAGGAACGCUACCACUGCCCUGCAUCUCCUGCUGCAUCACCAUCGUUUUGCUGUUGAUAUGUUUUGUUAUUUAUUUCCUUUUAACAUUGCUCAGAUAAAUCUGAGCUGCAAGACCCUUGUUGGUCGAGGGGUGAGACAUCGUACACUGAGAAUUUUUUUAAGCAGAUCUUUAUGAAGUGUUGUUUCAGACUCAUAUGAGUGCAGUUGAGCUUUUUUCUAUUUAUUUAGUUUUGAAAAUUUAAAUAACUGUGAUCAGUUUUUUUUUUAAACUUGAUCAAAUUUUUUCUUUGAAAAUUCAAAUGCCUUUUGCAUUGACUUUGCUGGGGACAUUUGCAAGCACAUAACGGACCUCAACAUAGGUACUGUGACCAAAAGGGAUUCAUUUAGAGUAAGUCUUUUUAUCUAUAACACAGGUAUCCACACACAAACACACACACACACACACACACACACACACACACAUUACCCCCGCAGUGCAGAUGUAUUCGCAAAAUGCUAAACUGCGGCAAUAAAGCUAUGAGAUGGGAGUCUCCAGCUGCUCAGAGUCAGUAAGGCACUUUACCCCCAGCCACAGCGGCCUUUGUGGGCUGCUCUAUAGGAAUGAACAUUGAGUUAAUUGCCAAGUAUAGUUAAGCUGGGCCACACUCCACAUUUCCACUAGUGCAGGAGCCUAAAGCAGAAUGUGUGUGGGAAGGUUCUUGGAAUUGUCAGGCUGUCUGUCUGUCUUUAUCUGUCUCUGUCUCUCUCUCUCUCUCUCUCUCUCUCUCUCUCUCUCUCUCCUGGCUUUUUUUCCGAACUCUUGACUCUACAGCUUGCUAUUGCCUGCAGGCUGCCUGACUUGAAUUGGAAAGUGUCAGCUGUGCUGGCACACAAAGGGAGAAAAAAUAUAAUAAAAAAAUAUUUUAUUCUUUUUACUUUAUUUUCCCUAAAGCAGAAGAUUUACUGUGUAGGGUAAGGGUACCAAGUUGGCUAUUUAUUCAUGUGUUUAUAUAAAUCAAAUAGCUAUUUUUUUAGUCAAUGACUAAUGUCUAUAUGCUGUUUUUUUGCAGCUCAAUCAAUACCUUUUUGUAAAAUUACAAGCUGCCUUUAUUUACAAAGGCCAUCAAACCCAGAUAAAUUAAACACAGCACAGGAUUAAAUUUAACGUUAAUGUUUUAACCUCCCUGACCAGACCCUACAGCAAACCUAGACUAGACCCACAUUAGACAGAUGACGUCUUUUUGUUAAAUCUAAAAAAUAACCUGAACUUUUCCUCUUAUUUCAAAACUGUUCCAAUACUCGUUGAAGCCUCAGUAACUGUUGAUAAGGCCUCUAAAUUCUCCAAUGUGACACACCAGCCAUGCAGACAUCACAUUUUCCAAGCAUGUAGUGUACACCUCCAUAAUAAUCACAGGACCGCCCCUGUUUUCUGACUGCUUGAGGUGUAUUUUUAGCAGAGAAGAUUGCAAGCUUGCCGGACCCCACAAUUUUCACUGGAGAUUUUCCUUCGUUUUUAUACCGCACUUAUGGUUCCAAAUUAAGAGCAUAAGACUCAGUAUAUAUGUACAGGCGGACCCUUGGGCAUCUAUUGAAGGGCAAGACCGGCUGUACUUCUCUGUAUGAAACCCAGAUUGUUGUCCAGUCCUCUGAGGUUAUGUCCAAUACAAAGUAAAACAUCAGGAUUUCAUUGUUGUUGUAACGGGGUUUGUUGUGUUGAAUUUCCAGUGAAGCACUUGUGUUAUUUUGUGAGGUUUUAACGGUAUCAAAGCUUUUCUGACAACAUCCCAUUCACUGCUAGUGGUGUUAUGAGAGUAUUGAAGACAUUGUCACAUUUCUAAUUUAAGACCUAAAUACUUGACAGCAAACAAGUAUUCAUCUGUUGGAUUUUUUUAUUAUCAUUUUUUUAUAAAGAGAAUAAUGUGUGUGGCUAUACAGUAUGAGUGUAUUUAGGAUUAUAAAACCGCACAAUUGUUCUGGAGAAAAUCUUUUGAAGAAACCAAUCUACCAUUAUUUAGCUCUUUUUAUCGACCGUUCCCAUCAAACCUCAUUUAAAACUCACUUCUAUGUAGUCUUAUGUACUAUAGCUAUUUUGAUAGGAAUGAAAAUGUAAUUUUUUGUAAUGGGCAGAUGUUUUUAAAGUAUUAAAUAGUGUGCAGAGUCUCAGUUGCAAUGAUCCGCUCCAGAUGGGGAAAAAAAAUGUAAUGUGACAGCGUGGAAGGCUAGAGAGACAGAAAAGCCUGACUGUGUGAUUUAUAAUGCUCUUAAUGAUCAUUUUGCCUUUUGUAGAGUUUCAUGGCAAAUUGUUGUUGUCAGUGCUGGAAUGUUUUGUUGGGCAAAUGUUGCACAAUCUAUUCUGAAUCCCCGGCUCUCUCCGGCAGGAGGUGGCCUGCGUGCCUUAGCUUCUCUCCUGUCUAAGGAACUCCCAACCUUCUGUGUGUAAACGUCAAGCCAAAAGAAAAGAAAUUCAUUCUCUGCUGGUGUAAAAAUGCUUUCUGUAUUACUGCUCUGUUGUCACCCCCCAUGACUGAAUUUUAUUUUAAUUAAAAGAAAUAAAUAAUUUGUCUUCA